CGUUUAACGUAGGAGGGGGUUUAGCUUAAAUAGCGUUUAAAAAAAGGAUAAAGAUGCGAGUGAAGGAGAAGAAGAGGGCAGAGGAAGCGGAGCUCAAAUAGAAAGCAACAAAAUCCUUGUGCUGGAACUGUUUUUCUCCUAUCGCAAAACUUAAUUUCCACACAAGCGGUCCAAUUGCCUCCAAGGAAAAAGAUAGAAUAGUGAACUGACCAUCUUCUUCUUCAGAUAAGCUAUCUGAUGGCGUGUAUACCAUGUGGAGGUGCAUGGUCAGUGCAUCUGAGGCUACAGCAUCAAUGUUUGGCAGGACGUUCUUUGCCACAAGCUUCUACUAUUGUGCAGCCACAGCGAGUGACAAAUCUUCAUUGCAGUGGCUGGAGUAUAGAGAAUACUUUGGCUUCAUCAAAUUCAAGCUUCCUUGCAAAAGAAUCUAUCAGUUUAAUGUUUGAUUCAAGCUUAUAUUUCCGGGGUUCUAGACGACGAGGCAAUAGACUAGUUGUCAGAGCAGAUUCGGACUAUUACAGCAUCCUUGGAGUUUCUCGCAAUGCAAGCAAGUCUGAAAUAAAAAGUGCUUAUCGGAAACUUGCAAGGCAAUAUCAUCCUGAUGUAAACAAAGAAGCAGGCGCAGAGGUCAAAUUCAAGGAAAUAGGCAAGGCUUAUGAGGUAUUGGCAGAUGAUGAGAAACGCACCAUUUAUGACAAAUAUGGUGAAGCUGGGCUCAAGGGUGCAGGUGCAGGUCCUGGGGAUUUUAGCAAUCCAUUCGAUAUUUUUGAAUCAUUAUUUGAAGGUAUGGGGGGUAUGGGUAGCAUGGGAGGCAGAGCAUCUCGAAACAGGCCGAUGCAGGGAGAUGAUGAGAGGUAUAAUUUGGUUCUUAAUUUUAAAGAGGCAGUUUUUGGAACAGACAAAGAAAUAGAAGUCACCCGACUUGAGAACUGCACAACUUGCGAUGGAUCUGGGGUGAAGCCAGGGACUAAACCAACUACCUGCAAGACAUGUGGAGGUCAAGGGCAGGUUGUGACAGCAGCACGGACACCAUUGGGUGAUUUUCGACAAGUCUCGACUUGCCAAGUUUGUGGUGGAACUGGAGAAAGUGCAACAUCUUGUACCGCAUGUCGAGGGGAUGGACGAGUGAGACGCACAAAGAGAAUCAGCUUGAAAGUUCCAGCUGGUGUUGACUCAGGCAGCCGUCUUCGGGUUCGAUCUGAAGGAAAUGCAGGCAAAAGAGGUGGCCCUCCUGGAGACCUGUAUGUAUUUAUUGAAGUGCUCUCAGAUCCUGUGUUGAAACGUGAUGGGUCAAAUAUACUCAUAACAUGCAAGGUUUCGUACAUUGAUGCUAUUCUAGGGACAACUGUUAAGGUUCCAACUGUAGAUGGCAUGGUUGAUCUUAAAAUACCAGCUGGAACACAACCUAGCACAACUUUAGUGAUGGCAAAGAAGGGUGUUCCCUUACUUGGGAAGCCAAAUUCACGUGGGGAUCAGCUGGUGCGUGUCCAGGUUGAAAUUCCUAAGCGCCUCAGUACUGAGGAAAGAAAACUGAUUGAAGACCUUGCUAACCUGAACAAAGUCAAGGCUGCAAGUAGAUGAUACCUUGUGCUUUAAUGAUUUACUAUCUGCAAUUUUCAACAUUGGUUCUGACUUCUGAGUAAUAUGUAUGCAGAUGAGUCAAGGUAUAAUCCAUAUGCUUAUAGUGCCUUUCAAAUCCAUCUUGGGAUACUGUGGGAACCUUACAUGCUAAUCUUUUACAAGUAUGUGACUCACAGUUAGGCCAUAUCAUUAAUCCCUGACUGAUGAGUGUAGUUGGAUCAUAUCACUCAAAAUAGCAGGUCUGUCUGCUUGAUGGUUUGUGAAUGCAUACCUACCUUAGUCUAGAUGUAACAUUGCUUGCUUCCUUGUCACAUGGCAGUUGGAGAUCUUGUAAGUUAGGUAGUCAGAUAUCCAUUCUUUGUAAGGUAGUUUUUUGUAAGGUAGUUUAUGAGUGGCCUGGCUUUGGAAAUCACUGCCAUGGAAGCUGUUUUGCAAUUUUAACACUUCAAAAUAAACUACUUUUAGGGAAGGUCUUUUCACAUACAUUUAUUACAUUUAUCAGAGCCAUUUCUCAUUUUCUUCUUUUACUUUUCUGCCUCUGAAGGUAGAGGUUCCUCAUACGUUAAAAGAAUUAUAUUUAUUCAUAAAAGGAUCUAAACAUUGUUGCCAAUGGGACUGUUUUUGAUUGCCCCAUUUUUUCAUACAUAUUUAUAGUCCGUCUUUUCUAUA